CGAGUUUUUGGAUCCUUGCAAAUUCAAACUUCAAAGGUUUGAAAAGUUUGACUGACUCUGUAUUUCUGCAUAUAUAUAUAUAUAUAUAAACCACUAUAAUAAACUUCUAUAUUACAACAAACCCGGCCAACUCUUUCAUUCAGUAACACCUACUUCAUUGUUCGUGCACUCUUUUUAACAUUCCUAAAAACCAUCAAGAAGAUUGCAAGUUGAAAUCUAAUUACACCAUGGCAGCCAUUAAUCAGUUUUUGUGUUCCUCUUAUUCUUCUUCAUCAUCAUAUUCUUCUUCUUCUUCUUCUCGAAGAGAUGUAUCAAGAUCUUCAAUUCACAUCCCGAAGAUUGGAACGAAUAAUCUAAGUAGCCUUAUCCCAAAGAUCCAUUCAAGCAAGGGUUUGGUUGAAGAAAUAGAUUUUUCAUCAUUCUCACACAAGAAUACGAGCAAAAACCCUAGAGCAUGUCCUGAUCCUGAGGUGAUGGAGAAGCUCUACGUGAUAUUGGAGGCUGUUUCAGAUCGGUUGGAGAUGCAUAAGAACAUUGGAGAACAAAGGAAUAACUGGAACAGUUUGUUGUUAACAUCUAUCAACACCAUUACUCUUUCGGCUGCAACCAUGGCUGGCAUUGCUGCAGCUAUAACUACUAUACCUGGUGCACCUUUGGAAGCACUUAAGAUUUCAUCUACUUUCUUGUAUUUAGCCGCUACCGGGAUGUUGGUUAUCAUGAACAAGAUUCAACCAUCACAACUCGCCGAAGAACAAAGAAACGCUGCAAGGUUGUUCAAGCAACUUGAAAGCCAAAUAAAGACAAAAAUCGCUAUAGGAAAUCCUACUCUCAGUGAUGUGAAUGAAUCUAUGAAGAAAGUUUUGGCUAUAGAUAAAGCCUAUCCUCUUCCUUUACUUGGUGUCAUGCUCGAAAAGUUUCCAGCUAAAACUGAACCAGCGGUUUGGUGGCCGGAAAAAAGAAGGACAACAGCUAAAGGAAGAAAUGGAAACAAUGGUUGGAGUGUGGAGUUAGAAGAGGAGAUGAGUGAGAUCAUUAGGGUUUUGGAGGUAAAAGAUAAAGCCGAUUACUUGAGGUUAGGUGAUAAGGCUUUGAAACUCAACAAAGCUUUAGCCAUAGCUGGUCCUCUACUAACCAGCUUUGGUGCGCUUGGUUCAGCUUUUCUCACAUCAUCUCCUCAUAAUUCAUGGGCGAUGGUGCUUGGAGUCAUGGGUGGUGCGAUGGCGAGCGUUGUGAAUACUAUUGAACAUGGUGGGCAAGUAGGGAUGGUGUUUGAGAUGUACCGAAGCAAUGCAGGAUUCUUUAAGAUGAUGGAGGACUCCAUAGAAUCAAACCUAAAGGAAAGAGACGUGGAGAGCAGAGAAAAUGGAGAAGUUUUUGAGAUGAAGGUGGCAUUGCAGCUAGGAAGAAGCUUAUCUGAACUUAGAGAGGUUGCAGCUUCAUCUUCAAGAAACGGGGUAGACAUUGAAGAGUUUGGAAGCAAGCUUUUCUAAUUAAUUAAUUAUUCAUUAUUGAUAAUUUAGAAAGUAAGGAUAACUUGAUUAACUUUUUCGUGAUGUGUAUAAAAUAAUUAAAUCAUGAAUUCGUAAGUUAGUUUAACUUUAUCAAGAUUUGUUUUUUUUUUU